AUGAGUGAAGUUGAGAGCAGAGAAAAGGAGCCUGACGCAGGAUUGUCCCCAGAUAUCGUUCAAGCUACGCUACCAUUUUUAAGCAGUGAUGAUAUUAAGAACCUCUCGCAGACAAAUAAGUAUUAUAAUACAUUACUAGAUUUUGACCACUCUAAAAUUUUGUGGCAUGAACUAUUUCAUAAGGCAUUUGGGACAUUAAAGACAAAUGACGAGCCUUUCCAGGGUCGAAAUUCGGCGGAAUUUAAGACCUGCACAGAGACGAUUUUAAGAGAAGCAUUCCCCACCUUGUCAUGGCAGGAAGUAUACCAAUUACGGGCAUAUGAUGCAAAGUUUUAUAGUUGGGGUUAUUUAAAGCAUGGAAGGUUGGGCUAUACCGCGAGUUCCAAUAAUGAACUUGUCGCCACUUCACUAAACGGGCCAAGUCCGCGGUUCAAAUAUGGUGUCAAUACCCCCACUGAAGUUCCUUGGUUUAACAGUAGGACAACAUCUAGAACUAGUAACUUCACUCCUUCAGAGGACCCGUUAAGCGCCAUCAAGAAGGAUGGAGACGAAAUCAUAGCUCAAGUAUCUAGUGGUGGUUUUUCUUUCCAAAUAUUGACUGAGUCAGGUAACCUUUACAGCAGCGGAUCCACUUUUUCUGGAGGGUUAAAAGGACCAGGUCCCAGUGGUUCACAGCAUGAUUAUAAUCCCUUCAGAGAAAUGAUUCACAAUAUGGAAAGAUCGUAUCCGCGGAUCACUAGCCGCAGUAAUGGGAGUACUGUCAAUACCACGGGUACAUUUUCUGGAAGGAGAAUGAGCGGUAGCCAUCCAUCUACUGCUUAUGAACCAGGAAAUGCAACUACAGCUCAGCAUAUUACCAUAGAUAGCGGAGGUGCGCCUGCAGCCUCUCCCGGAGGGAGCCAUAGUGGUGUCCCUAGAACUACAAUGCCUUCAAUGGGGCCGCAUGAGAAUAUUUACAGCCAGAUAGAAAUGCUGGAACGAAGUGCUAACAAGGCUGUACCAGGAAAUAAUCAUAUCAGGAGAAUGUUCGCAAGAAAUUCUUUCCCAUUAUAUAGUGGUAGGGAUGAAAAUUUAGGAUCAUUUAAUGAUAUUCAAUUUGUCGCGGUAAGCUCUGGGAGAAGUCAUUUCCUAGCAAUGGAUACAGAUAACAAUAUUUAUUCUUGGGACUCAACGGAAUCUGACCAAGGUGUCAAAAUUGAGUUUGCUAACCUACCUAGUCGUGCUACGAAUCCUAUUUUGAAAAUUGCUAGUGGUUGGAAUUUCAAUUGUUGCUAUAUAUAUAAGGUCGGGUUGGUUGCAUGGAAAGAAAGAGAUGCUAUUCAAAAGGGCGAGAGCUUUGCUUUUGCAAAAUACGAGAUUGUCCCGAAUACGAAUGAUGUUAAUGGAGACUCCAGGAUUGUCGACUUUGCAUGUUUACAAGAUAACUGCGUUUUCUUCAUUAAUAACAACGGCGAUAAACUAUGGAAGUACCACAAUGGACUGAACCAGAUAGUAGAUUUAAAUAUUGUCGGAAAACUGUGCAAAAUUAACGCCUGUUUUGCUUCAUUAGUCCUCUUCACCGAUACUCACUGUUAUACUUUGAAAGUAACAAAUGGAGAUGUCGAUAAAGAUAGUUUAACGGAGCUAGACAUCAAUGAAAAUGUUAUCUCCGUUGCAAGUGGUGACUAUCACACGGUGGCACUAACCGAACGCGGUCAUUUGUAUUCAUGGGGUAUUGAAAGUCAGGAUUGUGGGUGCUUAGGAUUGGGCCCUUCUGAAAAAAUAGUUAACGAGCUACAUAUUGGCAAUUGGGAAGGGCAAAGAAACAUUAGGGUCGUUAAGCCCACGAAAAUAGAACUACCUGAAGAUUAUAUUUGUGUCAGUGUAACUGCUGGUGGCUGGCAAACCGGUGCAUUAAUCAUCAAGAAGCAUUGA